AUGGAGCAGGAGAGAGGCACAGCCAUGUUCGCUUCCCUGAAGCGCAUACUGCCAUGUGUGCAGCCUGGCGGCCCGGGGGCCACAGCCAGGCUCGGGGGCCGCACUGUCCGGGGGCUCGGGCUGCUGCUGCUCGCAUUAGCCGUUAUUGGGGUCUCGGCGACAGGGAUCGUGGCUCUGAGGAGAGGCACUCCCCAGGUUGUGCUGAUCACAUUCCAGGACCCGCAGGGUCACUGGGUGAAUCAAUCGGCUCGCGUUGACCCAGAGGAAAAUGUUGUAACUUAUUCCAUCAAAUCACUCGCAAACCACUCUGCUGUGGUACUAUUUGACGGGAAGAACGAGUUAGUCUGCUACCAGCCCAGAGGGAACAUCUGUUUAGUCCGACAAAUGACAACAAAUGAGCUGGAGAAUAUUCAAACAUUUCUCACCACAAUGGAGCACAGGAUCUGCCCAAUCACACAUGCCAUUGGUCAGUUCAGCCAGUUACUGCUGUGGAGAAAUGAAACACAAUUCUCCAAAGAAUUUCUGGGGAUCCUGAGUGGCCGUGUGGUGGACAGCCUGAGUGUGGGCAAGCACAUCAACAGCCUCUGUGACAAGAGCCGCAUUUACUGGGUGCAGAAACGCAACGGUCCCGGGAGACAGCGGCUAAUCUACUUCUGCAUCGAUAUCUGCUUCCCAAACAACAUCUGCGUGUCUGUGUGCUUCUAUUACCUCCCAGACUAG